CCUGAUAAAGUGGGGAUGUAAUUGGCACUUUUGGCAGAUUUCUUGGAUGCCUUUGUAGAGAACGUAGUGAUUAUGAUUAUAUGCUCUUUGGUAGACAGUCAAAUUUAUUAAAAAAAAUAAACAUUAUGCUUGGCGUUUACUAAAAUAAAAUUAAACUUAACCUGCAAUGCUCGGUGCUCGCCACUUUAUUGGCUCUAAAGUAAACUAAAUUAUAUGACGUUAGUAUCCGCUAUUUUUUAAAACGAAACAGUCUUGUUUAUUUAACACGUGCUCCACAAGCUUUGUACCAUGGCGGACUCUACAAAUAUGUCAUUAGAUGACAUCAUACGAGCUAGCAGGUCACGUGGUAGAGGUGGCUCGAACAUACGCGGGCGAGGACGCGGGGGCAGGCGCGGGCGCGGUUCGGUCAGGCGGGGGCGAUCAGCGACUCGCGCGGAGGGAUUCGGGGCCGCAGGUGCGCGGUCUAGGUCCCGCUCGCGGUCGCGGUCGCAGGUGCGCCCGCGCGGCAGGGGCCGAGGCCGCGGACGCGGACGCUCGCAGUCUCGAUCUCGCCUGCAGCGGCGCUCCACUUCUCGGGCUAGAUCAGAAUCUCGCUCGCGCUCACAGCAGAGAGGACUGAUACCGAGAGGGAGAGCAGGAUUAGAAACUCAAAGUGUACCAUUACAAAGCAGAAUAGGCAGAUUUAGAGGUAGUGGUAAAAAAAGUCUUAGCCGUUCCCGUUCUACUUCCAAUGUACGCGGCGAUGUACGCAGCCGGCUCGGCGUGAAGCGCGGUGCGCUCGCGGCCGGCGCGCGCCGCCCGCUCGCCGUCGCCAAGAGAGGUAUCGCCAAGCGCGGCCGGGGUCUGACUACACGCAACAAAUACACUUCAGUAGGAUUGAGAUCUGAUCAAAUACUCAAAGAACAACUUAAUAAGAAAGCGCAAAAUUUGCUAUUCCAGGAUAAUAUCAUUCAAUCUCAAACAUUUACUCGGUCCAGGUCAAGAUCCAGAUCGAGAAAUAAUUCAUUAUCAAGGAAUAACUCACUGCCUCGGAGUAAUUCACGGUCUAGGAACAAUUCCUUCACCUCGGCAUCUCAGUUGACUGUCAGCGUGGCUAAUGAUCUAGCAAAGCGACGUCGACGUAAUAGCGUUGGCAAUCCUAAUUACUUAAAUAAACAGAGCCUCGUUCAGCUGAAUAAUCAACUGGGUGGAUAUAAACAGAGGCGAGGGCCCGGGAGCGUCUACUCUGUGGGGUCUAACCGGUCAACCCAGUCUAAUAGAUCGAACCGAUCAAACGCCAGCGCGCGCUCGACCCGCUCUCGAGGCCGCGGACGUGGACGCGGGCGCGGGCGCGGUCGGGGAAUCAGCCGUAACUUUGUCAAUAAACAGGUCCUCAAUAGCAAACUGCAGAAAGAAAUUGCUGCUAUUCAAGGAAAAGCAAACGGCAAUUCGAGUGAAGCGCCAGUGGGAAUAAACUUUACUCCUACGCCGGCAAGCACUGCGCAAACCUUGCAUCAAAGGUUUGCUAGUUCAUGAAUUUGAAGCAUUCAUUAUUGCUAAGACUCACGAAUUUUAAAAAGAUAAUGUCAUGUGUAUUGUGUAAGUAAGGCACCAUGGCACCAGCAGUUAUUGCUCUAUGUUGCCGAUUUCAUUAAAAGAUCAUCUUUUCACAAUCUACUUAAGUAAUAUUCGUUGUGAAUAUUUUUUGCCCACUAGUGUUAAAUGUACUUAUUGAUAAAAACAAUUAUAAGUGUAGGGGCGGACCUCGGACAUUGUUAUGCAGUUUUGUUCCUGUUGAAUUUGGGGUUACCGUGUACAGUCUUACAUUGCGUACCAAAUAAAAGCGUAUAAAGACUGUUACGAAAGGCGACUAAGGCGGUGGUAACAACUAUGGAACUGCUGCUGUGUAAGUACUGUGUUGAUCAGCAGGCACGUAAAUUAACUAGUGGGAAUAACCCCUCCCACUAGUUACCACCAACUUGUUAUCAGUGGUAACAAUUGGUAUUUUUCUUCCCACCUGUCCCCAGUGGUAACAACUGAAUAAAAAAUCCUAGUAGUUACGACUUACUAACAACGUAGUGGUUACAGCUGGGUAUAACCCAUAAAUUGUCGUAUAAACAACGCUGUUGCCAUGGCUGCCAUUGAUGAUAUCUAUUUUGAUUUGAUUACUUUGUGCUGUAUUUCUCUGAAUAAUAUAUGAUUAUAAUUAUUUAUAGUAACAUAAGUAAUGAUCAUUUUGUUAGGGCUUGUUAUAUAUUUGUACAAAAAAUAUGAUAAGACAAAUAGAAGUAUGAUAGUACCUAUGUAUUAAAAUAUCUGAACUCUGUACCCCUUUAAAAGUUAGAACGUGUGUACAUAAAUUAUACUCACUGAGUAGUAUCGCAUGAAGGUAUAAACGUGGAUAUUUUGCUCUAAAUAUUCAUAAAAGUAUUGUAACUAACAUAAUAUUAUGUUUUACAGAUAUGUAUAACGUACCAGCCGAUUCAGAAUAUGCCUGUAGACCCAUUUCGUAACCUGGCGUCUGUUUCUUAAUCUAAAUUUGUCACCUGACAGGCUGACACGACCAGAAAAAUCUCUACAUUCCAGGGUCGGUAGGUAACAACAAUGUGUAGUAGUUAGUUUUCAAGCUGUAAUUCAAUACAAUUAGCUGGAAAUUUGGCAUAAUUAAUGGAGAACUUUUAUCUAUCAGGAUAUGUCGGUUAUAGAGCAAAGUUAAAUUUUAUCUACUCUCCCCUCCCCUCCGGGGCGAGCGUCACCCCCCCGCACCCUCUAAUAUGUCCCGGAGUGUGGUAUUUUCCACUUAAAAAAGAAACCGAACACGAUACAUAAAAACCGGCCAAAAGCAUGUCGGGCCAUGAUCAGAGUAGGGUUCCGUAGUUACUCCUCCGUCACAAUAAGCUAAACUGGAGCUUAAAGUAUAGUAGAUUGAACAACCAAGGGAUGAACUGACGUGACGACCGGUCUGGCCUAGUGGGUAGUGACCCUGCCUACGACGCCGAUGGUCCCGGGUUCAAAUCCUGGUAAGGGCAUUUAUUCGUGUGAUGAGCAUGGAUAUUUGUUCCUGAGUCAUGGGUGUUUUCUAUGUAUUUAAGUAUUUAUGAAUAUUUAUAUAUUAGGUAUAUAGAUCGUUGUCUAAGUACCCUCAACACAAGCCUUAUUGAGCUUACUGUGGGACUUAGUCAAUUUGUGUAAUAAUGUCCAUUAAUAUUUAUUUUAUUAUUUAUUUAUUAUUUUUAUGAACUGUGGAUGUACUUACGUCUUUUUACUAUGAAGGGGAUUUUUUUGCGAUAACUCAAAAACAGCUAAACUGAUCAAAUCCGCUAUAGUUUUCGUUUAAUGUCUUUUUUAAGCUCUACUUCCAAGAUUUUUUCAUAAUUUUUGAAGUUAGGGGGGGGGGGGAAACUCUUUUUUUUUUCUUUCGGAGCGUUUAUCUCCGAAUAUAUUCACUUUAUCAAAAAAUGUGUGUUGAAGACCCCUAUUUGUUUUGAGAGACCUUUCCAACGAUAUCCCAAACAGUAGGGUUGAAGCAAAAAAAAAAAUUCACCCCCACUUUACGUGUAGGGGAAGUACCCUAAAAAAAUUUAAUUUUUAGAUUUUAUUGUACGACUUUCUCGGCUUUAUUUCAGCUUUCUAGCACUAACGACCACGGAGCAAAGCCUCGGACAGACAGACAGACAGACGGACAUGGCGAAACUAUAAGGGUUCCUAGUUGACUACGGAACCCUAAAAAGUGUGUAGGAACGAAAUAAUCCUUGAUAAAUUUGCUAGAAACCUCUCAUACGUACAAAAGAAAUAUCACUUAUAGUUUCAGCGCAAUCAGCCACCAAUACGAAUGUUUUUAAUAAUUUAUUAAUUUUGUUUGCUAAUCGUUUAGUUAGUUAUUUCAAUAAAUUCACAUUAACUUCCAAGAUAUGUACGACAAAAGUAAAGAAUAGAAUAUACUCUUUAUAAAAAGGUAUAAUUCAUUUCUAAACUAUUUUAUUUAUUGUUGAUACGCUAUUUUUUUAAAUGUUAAUUAAUUCGGCCAUUCAGCGAAAUAUAAUCAUUCGUACUCGUUAAACGCUGUUAUUUUAAAUACGAUAGACUUUUUAUGUUUUACUGUAAUCUAUAGGUAUAGAACUAGUCUCUGUAUUUUGUUUUUUAAUUUUUAGGCCCAAUAUUUUAGGAAAUAAGGGGGUGGGGACAUGGUUAAUUUUCGCCUAUUUUCUUAAAUAACUUCGAUUUCGUUCCUACACACUUUUUAUGUAUCGUGUGCGGUUUUUUUUAAAGUGGGUUUAUAGCAAAUUUAUCAAGGAUUAUUUCGUUCCUACACAUUAUGUAUCGUGUGCGGUUUUUUUUAAGUGGAAAAUACCACGCUCCGGGACAUAUUCGCGGGCGCGGGGGGGGGGGAGGAUAGUUAAAAUUUAACUUUACUCUGUAACCUACAUAUCCUGAUAGAUAAAAGUUCUCCAUUAAUUAUGCCAAAUUUUCCAUACAUUUGAAUCUAAUUUUCUUCAACUACAACCUUAUGGCUAACUCUUUGUCUAUUGUAAGUAAAACCGCACGUGUUCCUAUCUGCAAAAAAAGGUUCGGUCAUUGGCGUAUAAUUCUAAUUGGCACCUGAGCGCGGGCUAGUCCUACGCUCAAAAAAGCGCUCCGAUAACGCGCCUUGGUUAGGCAUCUCGAUGACACAUUUUUAUACUGGUUCUGUAGCGUUCGGUUCGCCCCAGGGCGACCCCACAUUAGCGUUUCCCGAACCUCGGCGUCUAGUGAACUCUAUGGCAGCUGCUCGACGCGACGUUGGCGUAUCUGCGCAGCGACAGCAGCAUUUUCCACAGCGCUGACUAGAUGCCAACGCUCAAAAGAGGCUAGUAUGGGGUAGCUCUAACCGUACAGGGACCAGACAGCCUCGUAAAAUGUUUUUCCAUUUGAAUUUUAUUGCAAUUUUCUCAGCAUUUGCAAUUCAUUAACCGGUUGCAGUGACCGAACCUUCUUUAAGCAGGUGAGUGUACGUGAGGCUUUACUUACAAAUAUUUGGGAGACCGAGAUUUACUCGAAAAACUAAAAAAAUAAUUAAAAAAUCUGGCUAGAUCGAUUUUUCUCCCUUCAAAUCCCCCAUAUUAUAUUGGGUGAUAACAAAAAAUGAGAAUGAUUUUCUGUAGACUUAUAAACAAAACUGUCUACAUAAACACACACACAAUGCUGUUGAUAAAGUUGUUGCUAGUUCUUUUGAGAUUCUUGAAUUUCAUAUUUUUUAUUUCUUCAAACAUUUAUUUUUGUUAGACUGGAGUCACUGGAGUCGAAACAAGAAACUCUGCGAAAACGUGUUGUACAUUUUAAAAAUUCUAACUUAAACAUGGAAAAAGGGACACACAGUGGGUCAUUUUAGUACAAAUGUACCAGUUUCUACUAUAUAUAAAAAUAGAAGUACUUCUUGCAUCCUUGACUAUAAAGCGCAAAAAUGAUAGUGGCUGGCCAGCGAAGAUAAUAACCAAGGCAAGGCGAGCCUGAAUUGACUCAAAAGCACUUUUAAUUAUAUGAAUUCCAUGAGCUAACGAGAUGUCGCCAAAUUUUUUAAGUGUUACCAACUGUAUAUUAAUUUGUCGAUCAUUAAAAAAUAUAGGUCUGGAAUGCUACUAGAAGAUAAGAGCCCCGUAAUACACUGAUCAGUAAAAAUCGACCAUAAUGGUCUCAGUGUCGCUAGAUGACUCGGAAUAGGGUUGUUUCCAUCUACAAAUCUUAGGGCAGAAUUGUAUCCCAAUAAAUUCUUUUGGAUUAUAAGAAUAUGUUAAACUUCUUUUAGGGGACCUAUAAUGAGCCUAUUUUUGUAAAUAUUGAAUUUAAAAUAUCUUUUGGCACACGUCACGUGACCAAACUCGAAACGUCAUUGACGAUUCUGAUGACGUCAUAACUCUCGGAUUGACACUGUUGACAGUUAGACGAUAAACAACAAAUGACAAAUGUCAGUUGACAGUUCGUAUCUUCUACGUGUGUAUGUAUGUUGUGUCAAACCGUAAACUGUGACGUUACACAAUUUUCAAAGAGCGUUUUGGGCGCGAAAGCAUCUGUCAAAAUAUAUUUUGUUAAUUUAAUUUAAUUAAUAAUUUAAUUUAUUUUGUUAAUAUGUUUUGUUAAUAUUUAAAGCCGUUUUUAGUAUAAAAGUUGAAUUUUAGGGCAACUUUUAGUUAAUAUAGAACGUAAUACAAGCGUUUCAAAAAAUUGGAAACAACCCUAUUGCGAAAGGAAAUCAUUCAGUUUGGAUGAUGAAAGUUAAUUUCCUUUUGGCAAAACUGUACCCCUAGUGUAAAUAAAUUCGAUUUCGAAACGUGACGUACGCGUUUGCGUUUAGUCUCAUUUUGUAUUGGAUUUAGAAAGAGCGCGCCAAGCGACGUUUUGGAAACUCAAAAUCCUAUACAAAAUGAGACUUAACGCAAACGCGUUCGUCACGUUAUGAUGUCGAUCAAAUUUACACUAGGGGUACUGAUAUACCUGGAAAUGGUUGAUACUAUACUAGCAAUAAUUCUACAGUACCAGGAAAUAUCAAAUACAUGUAUUAUGGACAAGUUUGAGCAGACAUACAUUACAAUUCUAGGACUCCGAUAACAUACCAUUUGUAUGUAAGUCCGAAAUUCCUCAAACCCACAAUGUCGGCCGAUUGAUAGUUUUUUUUGGCUGUUUGAGUAGUUAAGUGUCUAAAAAUAAUUGGAGAGCUGAAAAUUGUGCCCAACUAAUAAAAAUAACUAAGACUUGCGUGUCCAAAAAUGGACAAAAACGGUGUCCAAAGGUCUUAUUCGAACUUUAUAUCUAAACUACGUGAAAAGCUGACCACGGGCCCUAUUCUAACAUCCAUUAAUGUUAUUGUAAAUAAUUAUCUUGUAUAUAUUGCCUAAUAAUAACAAAGUAUCGUAAAAAGUUAUAUGAGUGUAUUUUCACAGCUCUGAAAUAAUUCUCAUUUGUUUGUUAUCACCCGUUAACAAACUUCAUUGAAAUCGUUAGAGCCUCUUACGAGAUCCCCGAAAUUAUAUAUAUAUAUUACUCGUUUAAAGGUAUAAAUAAUAUAUGUAGGUAUAAUAAUUAAUAAAAUAAGAUAUCUGAGUUAGCCUUAAGGGCUAGCUUGAAACUAACAACUAUAAUACAAUUACAAUUUGUACAAUAGCGUUAAGGCCCCGUAGAAUCAUGUUUUUCUCUUUUUCACUGAUCGUAAGCGUGAGCGAGAUAGAUUUGCGUGCUCGAAACCGCGGAUAUAAUGUUUCUUUUUUUUUAAUUUAUUGUAAAAAAAGUAAUCAAUGAGUUUGCUCAAAACAAAACUGCAUUUUUAGAAGCAAUUUUCAUGUUUUUAGCCUUUGUGCAUGAAGUGUUACAAAUUUUUAAAGUGCGUUUUAUCCAAAAAACAGGGUUAAAAUCGAUGUAGUCACUAGAGAAAAUCCUCAAGAUUAUCUAUAAAAGCGGUACGAUACUCUGAAGUCUGAACCUAUGGCACCUUAAUGUGGAAUUGUGAUGUAAGGCGACAAUAAUGGGAAAAAGUAGUAGCGAUGAAACAGGGGCCUGGUUGCUAAACUUAUUAAUUUAUUAUGAAUUGGUCAUGUUUUUUAUGUUUCUACGUCUUAUAAUUCGCUUAUUUUUUUCAUAAUAAUACCUAAAUGAUUAAAAAAACUGCUGUCAGUUUAGUCUAUUUAAUAUUAAAUAUGCUUGGAUUCAAGCGGCGGAUUUUUUGUCGAAUUUGUCGGGUUAUUCCCACCAGUUACCACUAAGUUGUUACCAGUGGUAACUACUGGAAAAAACAUUCCCACCUUUUACCAGUGGUAACUGCUGGGAAGGAAGGAAAAAAAUCCAGUAGUUACUACCAAACCGAGUUGGUUGCCACCAAACCACCAAAAUGUUGUUAGAGUUCAAUACUAAUAAAAACACUAGAAAUAGUAUACCUAGUUGGUUACUAAAUUGUGUUACUUCAAUAAUCUUUAUCUACAUAAAAUAUACGAAUGAAAGUUGAAUAAACUAUACAUUAAAAUGAAGUACACAAAAUCAGGAAUUACAUAUGACAAUAUCAUUCAAAAUGGCCUCCUCUGGCCUUGACGCAGGCCCUCAAACGACGAGGCCAGUCAUCAAUAGCGGCACACGCACGAUUGUCAUGUCUAAUUCCGUCACUGUCUUAACUAUGGCCCGCUUGAGGGAGUCAAGAUUUGUGUGGGACGCACAGGCUUUCUCAAUAACCUGCCAUAUGGCAUAAUCCAGGGGGUUAAGGACGGCCAGUCUUGGUGGGCAAUAAAGUCACUUUUGUUCCUUCGAAACCAGGCUUGAGUUGUUUUUGCCUUAUGUGCAGGAGCUGAGUCCUGUUGAAAGACCCAUGGCUGGUUUUGAAAUAGGGAGUGGCUUAAGGGCUUCACUAUUGGUUCGAGAACGGUUUCCUGGUAAACUUUGGCCCCAGUUUACAGACCUUUUUCACAGAAAUGAACCUGUGUUAGCCCUGAGUAUGACACACCCAGCCAAAUCAUCACAUAAGAGGGAUGAUGGCCUCGUUGCACUCGGAACAGCCGUAAUCGCCUCUUGACUGUUUUUUGCAUACACCUCUGUCAUUCUGGCGGUUACAACAUUCUUCAAUGGUAAUUUUUUUUUUCAUCUGUAGGUAAAUAGUAUUUUUCGGUGGCGAUUUUGUGCGUACCGCUUCAAUAGAACGCGACUUCUCUCUAGCCUCAUAGUCUUUAAUCGUCCAUUAAGCAAAUGACCUUUUUUAUCUGCGGUAAGCGUGUAGUCCAAGGUCUUCAUUGAUAACUUUUUUUAGGGAGCUUCUCUUCAGACAUCUGUAUUGCCAACAACUUAUGCUUCCGGGCGGGGUUUCUUGCAAUUCUCGCCUUCGUACGUACUACAUUUCGAUGCUAGUUGUCAUAACUUGACGAGUACCGAGAUAUACACUCGCCUACGGCUCGUGGCAAGACUCGGGACGAGUGAAGAAUGACAUUUCCGCACGUGUAUCGAACGUUUUUUAAUACAGUUGCGAAAAAAUAAGAAAAACAACAUAAGACGGAAACAAUUGUAAAUAUAAAACAUUGUAAAAUAGAUCACAUACGGUCCGUCAGUCAAAGACCGACUAUUUUUGAUCACUUUAAGGCAGUUUACUGAAACAGUAAUCGACUUAUAAUGAGACUAAUAACUAAUUAACUUAUAAUUAAUUAUGGAUUAAAGCACUCUAUAUUUAUUCUGUUUUUGUUAGUAUUGAACGCUAACCAAAUUUUGGUGGUAACUACUGAGAAAAAAAUUCCCACCUUUCACCAGUGGUAACUACUGGAAAAAAAAAAUCCCACUGGUUACCACCAACUUGGUUUGGCGGUAACUACUGGGAUUUUUUCCCCAGUAGUUACUAGUGGUAAAAGGUGGGAAAAAAAUCCCAGUAGUUACCACUGGUAACAACUCGGCGGAAACUAGUGGGAAUAACCCAAUUUGUCGCCUGACUAGUCCGCUGCAGAGACUCGCAUAUGAAUGUUAAGAGUUUACCGGCGGUUGAUAAUAAUUAUACACUAUGACGAUGACAUACAUUUAUUGGGAGAUUUUGGUAUAGUUUUGUUUCCAUAAUAGCUAACAAGUAAUGCUAUAUGAUAUAUUUAUAAGAGAUAAUAAAUCUGAUUUCCUUUGA